CAUAGAAACCGCGAUGAGCAUUGUAGAAGGUGUAAUAAAUUAUGAAGGCAUUGAUGAAAAGAUGAAGAAAUUAAAAAGAAAACUCAAACAUUUAAGGAGCAGAGAAGAAGCUGUCAAGGAAGAGCUCAAACAUGCAGAAGGCUUAUCAUUGAAAAAACCAAGGAAAGUAGUUGAAAACUGGUUGAAAAAUGUUGGAAACAUAAAGAAUCAAGUUGAGCAGAUGGAGCAACAAAUUCAAGAAACAAGAUGGUUUUCACAUUUGCCACUUGAACGGAAAAUGGGCAUGUUAACAGAACAAGUGGCAGAACUCGAUCAGCAAGGUCAAUUUCCUGAAGGGCUUACACUUGAAGCACAUGGAAGCAAACAUGUCAAGUUCAUAACAACAAAAUUAAUCGGUCAAACAUUUCAGGAACAUAAGGAUGUGAUAUGGGAAUGCUUGAGGAGCAAUAAUGUCUCAAAAAUUGGCAUAUAUGGAAUGGGGGGAGUAGGAAAAACAACCUUGCUUAUCGAUAUUCACAAUGAACUUCUCGAUCAUCCAAACUUCUCUGUUUCUAGGGUGACAGCAUCACAGGAGUUUAGGAUUCAUAAACUACAGAAUGACAUUGCAAAAACUAUAAAGCUUGAACUAGAAAAUGAUGAUGACGGGAGGAAAAGGGCUGCACAACUAGCAUGGCACUUAAGAAAUAUGAAUAACUUUGUGCUCAUCUUAGAUGAUGUGUGGCAACAUUUUCCACUAGAUAGGGUGGGAAUUCCAACAGGCGGAAAUGGAUGUAAGUUGAUUUUGACUAGCCGAUCCUCAGAGGUUUGCCGAAAGAUAGGUUGCGAAGAGCAUAUCAAGGUGCAGCCGCUUUCUGAAAAAGAUGCUUGGGAGUUAUUUACCGAGAAACUUGGGCAUGAAACGCUUUCUCAUGAAAUUGAACCAAUUGCAAAGUUACUUGCAAAGAAAUGUUCUGGUUUACCUCUUGGGAUUAUUACCAUGGCAGGGUGCAUGAGGGAAGUGGAAGACAUAAGUGAAUGGAGUGAUGCACUUGGAAAGAUGAAUGAAUCAGUGGUAGAGCAUGAUGAUGACAUGAGCACUGAGGUAUUUCAAGUAUUGAAAUACAGUUAUGAUCGACUGAAAGAUCCAAAAGUGAAACAAUGUUUUUUAUAUUGCUCAUUGUUUCCUGAAGACUUUGAAAUUGAGAGAGAAACAUUAGUAGAGUAUUUUAUUGAUGAGAGACUGGUUGAUGGAAUGAGGAGCAGGCAGGCAGAGUAUAGUGAAAGCCAAUGGGAGAAGUUUAUAAAGGUCUCAUUGAUGGAAAACAAUAUAUCAGAUAUUCCUGAUAGUGUAUCACCAAAUUGUCCCAAACUUUCAACAUUGAUGCUAAAUCAUAAUCACUGUUUAAGAAGCAUUCCAGAUUGUUUUUUCAGUUAUAUGCCUCAGCUCAGUGUUCUUGAUUUGUCUUAUAUGCAUAUUGAAAAUCUACCCACAUCAAUUUCUGACUUGGUGAAUCUAACAGCAUUACGGCUUGAAGGUUGUAUGAGAUUGCAGCACAUACCAUCUUUAGCAAAUCUCAAGGUAUUAAGAAGGCUGAACCUUAGUUUGACAGGAAUAACAGAAGUUCCCCAAGGCAUGGAAAUGUUGUUGAAUCUAAGAUAUCUCAACCUUGAUGGAACAGGUAUAAAAAUGAUACCAGAUUGCAUUUUCGCCAAACUAUCCUGUCUUCAAUACCUUGGAAUUGACAAUGUGAUUACAAUCUCAUCUAAAUCGAAAGUCAGAGGAGUGGAGAUGGUGAAGUUGAGAAAGCUUGAAACAUUAAAAGGGCAAUUGUAUGAUAUGGAGGACUUCAAUGCAUAUGUAAGAUGGAGGGAGAAUAAUGGAGGCCCCAAUAAUUACCUACUUCAAGUGGGACAAUAUUUCUUAUCCCAUAGCUCUUUAAUGAAAACAUAUGAUAGAGCUGUAUGUUUAAAAGAAUGCAAGAUAAGUAAAAGCAAAGGUGGAGAAGACUCACUUGUGCUCCCUACAGAUGUUCAAUUUCUGCAUAUUCGAAAAUGCAACGAUGCCUCCAGCCUAUGUGAUAUUGCAUCAUUGAAUAAUGCAACCCAGUUAAGGGAUUGUGAAAUUCAUAUUUGUGAGGGGAUGGAACAUAUGGUCUGUUGUUGUUCCUGUAGCCUUCCUCUCCUGCAAAGUCUUCAAUCACUAUGGCUGUUUGGAUUGUCAAAGUUGAGGGCUUUGAUUGGAGGAGAGAUAUGUGGUGCAUCUAAAUCUGCAUCACCAUCAUCAAAACUACUACUCCAAACAGCAAUGUUUUCCUCUCUUACAAGACUUCAGAUAUUUGACUGUCCAAAAUUAAAGAGGUUGUUCACUCCUGUAUUGCUAUCGAAUCUCAAACACCUAGAAGUAUUGACAGUUGAAAAAUGUGAGCAGAUGGUGGAAAUAAUAGGAGAAGCAUCAGAUGAGAGUGAUGAUUGCAUAAACCAGCAGGAACCAAUAAGUUCUGCAAGUAUCAUGUUGGCUCUCCCCAAAUUAAGUAAUCUCCGGUUGUUAUGCCUUCCUGAAUUGAAGAGAUUUUGUUACAAGGAAAUAAUUUUUGAUUCUCUGGUUAAAAUCUAUACAAACUCAUGUCCCAAGUUAUCGUUCAAUGGACAGCCAGCGCAUGCCUAUUCCAGCUCUUGUUGAGAUCGAUGUCCCAGGUCCAAGAAGCUUCUUGAGAGUUUGGAAAGAGGGAAAUCGAGAAGUUGUUUAUCAGAAAAUAAGGGGAAGAAAAAAGCA